AUGGCCUCCUUGAUCGCUAUGCCCACCCGGUGCGAGCGUGCGUACGUUGAACGUGCCGAACGAUAGGUCGCCCUCUCGUGCCUUCUUCUUCGCAGCCGCCUUGACGGCCGCUGCGGUCUCGUGUCUCUCUCGGUCCACCUCGCGUUGCGGGUGUGCUUUCUUCCGUCUUUUCCGAGCGGCGAGUUUCCUCGCAUCCAUCCAUCUCUGCAGAGCUCGGUUCUUGCCUGUGGUGUUUUGACGAAAAAGGUGCAGCAUUCACUCCCCGCGGUGCCCGCGGUUGUCUCCCUUCUCCCGCGAGCGGUGCUUACUGACGUGGUGUUUACGAAUCUCUCUACUCCUCCAGCUUCGUGGGCCACGCUUUCCGCGACGGUGGUUGCCAGGUGCAGUUUGCCGCUUUGCAUUACUGCCGCGGGAACAUAUCCAUACACACCUCUCCCCACUACCACCGUCUGUGCAUCCUCACCGCCACGCUGAGCCAGCGCGGCGGUGAGUUGCACCUUGGGACACCACCCGCCUACUAUCUGUUGUGGCCUGGUUCGCCGGCGAGGGACUCAUUAUA